AUGGGAGAAACAACCACCACCGCGAUCGGGCUCGCAGAGCAAAUCUCCCAGAAAACAUCGAGAUUCAUUCAUUCCAGCAACCAUCGUGAUCUGCUGGACAUUUUUAAUGCCCUUCGGUCCAACGGAGUCAGUCACUAUGUCGACCUUCCCCAGAUCAUCGUCUGCGGCUCUCAAUCCUCCGAAAAGUCAUCCACCCUGGAUUCACUCUCCGGCAUCACCUUCCCAACCGCAGAGGGUCUUUGUACCCGCUUCGCUACUGAAUUAAUCCUCCGCCGAAGCGAGAAAUCCGAGAUCAAAGUCCAAAUCCAACCUUCUGCCAGUAGGACUGAGGAGGAGCGAGUCAAGCUUCUGAAGUUUCAUGAGAAGGAGAGUGGGCAGAAGAAUUUUGCUAAGAUCAUUGAAUCUGCGAAGGCCGAAAUGGGCCUCACGGGAACUGGUCAGGGUGCCAAAGUCUUCAGUACUGAUGUGUUGAGGAUUGAGUGUACUUCGCCAACUGCUUCUAACUUAAUUUUGCUGGACCUCCCUGGCUUGUUCAGUGCUUCGGAUAAGAAUCAAUAA